AUGCUUACAGUGCCUGAUGCUGAUGCACAUGUGAGAUUUGGGCUUCGCGUCGUCGGAGGCCGCCUACUCCCUUUCAUGUUCACGCCCCCACCAUCUCCUGGCUUACCCCCUCCGCUUGCCACAUCCAUCGACGUCCCGCAAUACCCUUCUUCCUCUAGGCGAAGAUGGCCUAGGUGGCCCGUUUUUCUGAUCCCACUCGCUCUUGUUGUUGCUAUUGUCCAUGGCGGAUACCUUUCGCAAAGCCGAGUUCCUCAAGUUUUCUCGCAGCAGGAAACAUGGAGAAGACAUGAACGCGUGGGUCGGGCUGCAUCGGUCCCGUCAGGCUCACUCUCCAACGUCUUCUCCACCCCCUCUUCUUCCAAUUCUGCCGCGAACGCCAAUCCAACAGGCCCUCCAUCCCAGCAAACAGUGCCCCCCGUCCCAAAUGCACCGCCAACGCUCCCCAGUCCUUUUCCGCAGCCAUUCGACUCCGGGCUGAGCCAGAACUUCUCCAGUCUGUCGUGCUUCAAUUUCUUCCAAAACAUGACGAAUACCGCGCCGUUCCGGUCGUGCCGCCCGUUUUCUUUCCUGCUUCAAGCAUCCGAUGCGUUCAUUUCGGCCCAAUCAAACUUGAACUACCUGAACACGCUGGUUUGGGGAACGUGCAACACCAACACGGAUGCGAAUUCAUGCGCCUCCAAUAUGGCGUGGUUUUCGACGACGCUUGAAUCGGCGUGUGCUGCAGACCUGAAGGACCAAAACAGUAUGGCAGUCAACGCCCAAAUUGCGCUGCACGCAUAUGGCCUCAUGCGGACCGCGGCCUGCCUCAUCAACCCCGCGACAAACUCAUACUGCUACCUCGACGCGGUCCACAACUCCAACCCCUCCGACACGUACUUCUACUCCCUCCCGCUCGGCGUCAACAUGCCCAACAACACCAUCGCCUCUUGCUCUGCAUGCACCAAGAGCCUCAUGACGCUGUACUACAGCGCCCUGGACACGCAGAGCAGCCUCAAGACCACAUACCCCAAUGCGGCCAAGAUCGCCGUCGCCGACUGUGGCCCGGCCUAUGCGACGCUCGCGCCGAAGCAGAGCAGCGCAGCACGUGCACCCUUGGCGCUACAGUGGCUGGCGCUCGCACUCGUUUCCCUUUUGACGCUCCUACUACACAUUCCUUAG